AGUGUUGGGGGAGUUGGGGGAGUGUGUGUGAUGCUACAACCUCCUUAUAAAGGGACUCUCUCUCACGUUGUGGCUUGGAAAUUAGAGCACAUUGCCUAAAAUUGAGGUCUCCACAUACACACUCUCACACACACCGAGUCACCGAGAGCCGCUGCCAUGAACUGGAAGAACGUUGAGGAGAUGAUCCGCAGGGCCGAGACGCCUCUCUUCUGGGUCGGUGCGUUCACCGUGGCCUCCCUGGCGCUGUGGCUGCUCUACAGACUGCUCUCGGGCUUUAGGAUCUGGGUCUUGGGAAACGGGCAGCUGCUCUCUCCGAAGCUGGGCAAAUGGGCAGUUGUGACGGGAGCCACGGAUGGAAUCGGGAAAUCCUAUGCGGAGGAGCUGGCUCGUCGUGGAUUUGCCAUGAUGUUGAUCAGUCGCUCUCAGGACAAGCUGGAUGACGUGGCCAAGUCACUUGAGGAACAGUAUAAAGUAGAGACCAGAACCAUUGCGGUUGACUUUGGCAAGACAGACAUCUACCCCAAGAUCGAGGCGGGGCUGACUGGUCUAGAGAUUGGUGUUCUUGUCAACAAUGUUGGUGUGUCUUACCCCUACCCUGAGUACUACCUCCACAUUCCUGAUCUGGACAACUUCAUCACCAAUAUGAUCAAUGUCAACAUGACCUCAGUGUGCCAAAUGACCCGUCUGGUGCUGCCCAGAAUGGCUGAGAGGUCCAAAGGUGUGAUCCUUAACAUCUCCUCUGCUAGUGGCAUGUACCCCGUCCCUCUGCUCACAGUCUACUCUGCCACAAAGGCCUUUGUGGAUUUCUUCUCUCGUGGCCUUCAGGAGGAGUACAGGACGCAGGGCAUCAUCAUUCAGAGUGUGCUGCCUUUCUUUGUGGCCACUAAGAUGACUCGUAUCAGGAAGCCCACCCUGGACAAGCCCACCCCAGAGCGCUAUGUGGCCGCUGAGCUCACCACUGUGGGUCUGCAGAGCCAGACCAAUGGCUACUUCCCCCAUGCUGUCAUGGGUUGGGUGACCACCAAGCUGGUCCCGAGCAGUAUUGUUAUCUUCCUGGGAGCCAGGAUGAACCGUCUGCAGCGUACGGGAUACUUGCAGAGGAGGAAGCUGCGGGAGCAGAGGAAUGGAGCGAGUCUGAAGAGCGAAUAGGAAGACUGCUGGCGAUUCUACAGGCAGCUGCUCUGUUCUGACCCAGUGCAGCGUUUAGGGAGAGGAGAUAGUGUUUUGUGUGCGAGUGAUUGAUUUUUCCAGGGUUGCCUGAGAUUUCACCUUUGUGCCUUUGGUAAAAAUGCAAGCUUAUGUAUGGCAAUCUGCCCUAAUGUGAUUUGUCUGGAGAGAAAUAACCAAAGAAGGCAGGAGCUGAAACAAUGAUAAAAUGCUGCUCUUGGCAAAGGACAUUAAUAUUUUUUGUCACUGACACUGAUGGUGGAAUUUAUACAACCAAAAAAAUAGUGAGUUGUUAACCCUGCUGUUGUAAGCAGUGGAAAUGGUGGUGGGCAUCUUUUUUAUAUAUAUAUGUAUAAUUAUUUAUUUUACAUUUGUACGAACACAUGAGCCAAACUCAGACCUUUUAAGACUAGCUUUCAAUCUAGUCCUGUUUACAAACCAUUGAGCCAUUUAAAGAUGGCAACCUCUGCUUUCAUCACUAAGCUGUUAUGUGCAUCACUAAGCUGUUAUCGUCCUCUGGCUCAUUCCUUUCUUCCUAAGAUAUUGAGAGUUUACACUAUAUUUAAACUGAUACUUUGUGGUGGGUUGCUGUUGCACCAACGUAUCGCUUGUUCUAAACCAAAGUUUUCAUAGUUAUCAUUCACUGUUGCUUUAAGCACAAGUGCCUUUCUGCUGAUAUCAAUGCUGGAAACUGUCAGAUUCAAUGAGCAGGUAUUAAGACGUUAAGAUUAACUGUAAACUGGUGCUGUUUCUAUGUGAACUGCACAGUUGCUCAGUUUUCUGCCUUAUUUAAUCAAAAUGUAAACCCAAAAGAAAACAUUUACAUUCAAACUAGUUCACACGCUACCAAACAUCUGCUGUAAAAACAGGGGAAUUGCACAUCUUUACAGUUGGUGUUGGAAACGGUUGAAUACCCUAUAUGACUUGGUCUGACCUAUGCUUAACUCAAUGGCCUUGUGAAUGCUUUUCCUUUGUAAAGAGUCUUUUAAUGUGUUUAGAAAUUAAAAAAAAAAAAAAUGAAAGAAUUUCUACAUGUAAAAUGCACUGUUUACAUUUACCACGCUGAUGGCAAAUUAUGUUUUCUACUAUUUGUUAAUAAAAGCUCUGGCAUAUACCAAA